GUCAACAGCAGCAGCUCUGCUGUGGCUUUUCAUUUGCACACGUUUCUGUGCAGCUGUUCACAGUCGCUCUCGACGCUGGGAUGGGAACAAGCUGCAGUACGUCUCCAAAGACCGUAGACUGUCUGUAUGACGUCGCCAGCCACGCAGGUCUGGUCCCUGAUACCUCUCUGGAUGCCUCACUCGCCUCUAUGCUGUCCCUGAACUCCUCCUGGGCUCUGGAGCAGCAGUACUCCACCCUGCAGAGAGGUAUGACCCUGCCACAGAGGACUGCCUUCAACCAUGACCUCCGCACCCUCUUUGGAGGAAACACUACAGUAAGAGUGAGUUACGGGGGUGUGGGUGUGGUUGCCCUGGCCCUUUCAGUCCUGUUUGAGAUGCUAGCCCACCACCAGACCACAGGUACGGGCUCAAGGAGCCCACCUCCAGACCCCAUACGCAGGAUGUUCGGGGCUAAUGCGGGGUCGAACAUCAGCUCCACUGCCAGCGAGUUCCUCAAACAGAUUCCUGGUGCAGUUAAUGACCAAGAAAAGAUGGCAGCUCUGCUGGAGAUUUACGAGAGCAAGCUGCAGUCCAGGCUGGCGGAGCUGUACGACAGGAUGGUGUCUGCGGAGAGGACUGCUCUCAGCUCUGCCGGGGUGAAGCAAUGGAUGAAUGGAGCUGCUCUCCACAUCCACACCUUCCUCCACUGGAAGCGUCUGACCAACUCAUCGGCUGGAGAAGUCUUAAGUCUGCACUACCUGCAUCGUGUCAAGCCUCUGCUCAAGUCCUACAGAGAUUAUUUGCUCAGGAAGGUCAAAGUGUCUCCAGCUGUGAAUCCUGGCAGCAGUGGACUGCUGAUAGUGGAGCCUCUGAGAAACGUGAGCCACGGGGUUCAGCAUAAAGUCUGCGAGAGCAGAGCCAUAGCGCGGGCUCUGGUGGAGCGCUUCCUGUCAAACCAGAACCUGCAGACGGGAGAGCAGUUCUUCCAGAGCUCCCACAAGCACCACGAUGACCUGAUGGCACAGCAAGGACACUUUCUGUUGAGCAUGUUUUAAGAAGUAGUAGCCUGCUUCCAUGUCACACUACAUUACUUUGUGUGGUUACAGGUUACAAUAAAAAAAAAGCCCUGUUCGUGACUAACACAUCCACUGUGUAAUAUUUAGUUAACUGCUCUGUUCUGCUUUAUUGCAGCCUCAGCUAAGGAUAGCGUUACGUUCACCACCAAAGUGUCUUCAUCCUAAUAUUUUUUUCUCUUGUACAGUUAAAAGUGGAAUAUGAUUGAAAAUAUAAACAAUAAAGAAUGAAUCUAUGUCUCAACAUAAUGUCACAUUAACAGUUCACAUCCUGUGUGAGUCCUGGGUUCUGGUUCAGUGUGUGCAGUAUGUGCUGUGGAGUUUAGUGUGUUUAGUGUAACUGUGGUGUAAUUAAAGGAUGUCAUGUGUGCUCUUCACCACUAGAUGACGCUGUGGCCCAAAGAUCUGAGAGCUGCAGCUGAACAUUUUUGACAAACUAAUAUCUGAUUGUGUAACAUGAACACUUUUAAUACAUCUAACAUUACAUUGUAAUAUUAUUGUGUUUCUGUUUCCUU